GGAAAAUUGACUCAGAUUCUGUUUGUUUGUUUUUUUCUGAGCACCAGUUUUACCACAACUGAAUUUUGGUGGUGAUGUUAAAGUCACGGAGGACGAGGAGGGGAACACAUUCUACUCCAGCACAAAUCAUAGGUUCAAAGUCAAAGUGCAAUAAAAAUCUGUCGUAGGAGGGCUGCGUUGAAUCCUCCUCUGCGUUGGGACAGAUUCGUGUCGGCCAGAAGACUGGGGAAUUUCAUGAGGAUAACUGUUUAAGGAUCAGGGGGGUGAAAUUGCUCACCAUUUGAAUUUCUUUGUUCGGGCAUUAGGGAAAUCUGAAAAUUGGCGAUGCUGGAUAAGGGGGACUGGGUGUGGGUGGACUCUGACAUCGGGGUGCCCAUCGGAGCCAGGCUCAAAGUGACGCCGUCUGGUCAGCGGCUACUGGUGGAUGAUGAGGGAAAGGAGCAGAGUUUGUCCCCGGAGCAAGAGGCCUCUCUCGGGAUCAUGCACCCGACGUCGGUGGAGGGUGUGGAGGACAUGAUAAAACUGGAGGACAUGACCGAGGCGGGCCUCCUCAGGAACCUGCUGCUCCGACACAGACAAGGGCUCUUCUAUACCUACACAGGUUCGGUGCUGGUCGCAGUGAACCCGUACCAGGAUUUCCCUCUGUAUUCAGCUGAGCAGGUGAAGUUGUAUCACGGGCGGCAGCUCGGGGAACUCCCGCCACACAUCUUCGCCAUCGCUGAAUCCUGCUACUUCAACAUGACACGCAAUCUCAGGAACCAGUGCUGCAUCAUCAGUGGGGAGUCCGGAGCAGGAAAGACAGAGAGCACUAAGCUGAUCCUGCAGUACCUGGCUGCAGUCAGCGGUGUGCACUCUGAGCAGAGGAUCGAGGAACAGAUCAUUGAGUCCAACCCGAUACUAGAAGCGUUUGGAAAUGCCAAAACGAUCCACAAUGACAACUCCAGUCGCUUUGGGAAAUACUUGGAGAUCUUCUUCAACCAGGACGGCGUGAUCGAGGGGGCUCGCGUGGAGCAGUAUCUCCUGGAGAAGUCUCGUGUCUGCCGUCAGGCACCGCAGGAGCGAAACUACCACAUCUUUUAUUGCAUGCUGACAGGAAUCACAGCAGAGCAGAAGAAAACUCUGAGACUCGGGGAAGCUAGGGAAUACAAGUUCCUUACUAAGGGUGACUGUAUCAUGUGCGAAAGCAGGGACGAUGCCAAGGACUACAGACACAUUCACUCUGCUCUGAAAAUCCUGACCUUCUCCGAAAACCAGUGUCAGGAAAUAUUCACGCUGCUGGCGGCCAUCUUACACCUGGGAAACAUCUGCUUUGAGGCGACCACUCAAAACAACCUGGAGACCAGUGACGUCAGCAAGUCGGAACAUUUCACUGUGGCCGCAUCUCUGCUGGAGGUAGAGACGUCUUCGCUGGCGACAAGUUUGACCCACCGUUCCUUUAUGACCAACAGAGAGAGGGUGACCACGCCCCUCAGCUCCGAACAGGCCGCCUUCUGUAGAGACGCCUUCGUCAAGGCUAUCUACAACAAGCUGUUCAUAUGGAUUGUUGGCAAAAUCAACAGUGUCACCUACAAGAAGUUGACCAACAGCCCCGAGUGUUCCUUCCUGUCCAUCGGCCUGCUCGACAUCUUUGGCUUUGAGAACUUCAGCACCAACAGUUUUGAGCAGCUGUGCAUUAAUUUCGCAAACGAGAAGCUCCAGCAGUUCUUCGUGGCGCACAUCUUCAAGCUGGAGCAGGAGGAGUACCUGAAAGAGGGCGUGGUGUGGAACAAGAUCGACUUCAGUGACAACCAGAACAUCCUGGACCUUCUGGCGGGGAAAGCCUGUAACCUGCUGGCUCUGAUUGACGAGGAGAGCCACUUUCCAAAGGGCUCAGAUGUCACUAUGCUCAACAAGAUGAACCAACAACACAGUGGGAACAAGACCUACAUCGCCUCAAAGACAGAAUACGACACACAUUUUGGCAUCAAGCACUUUGCAGGCGUGGUUUCCUAUGACUCCCAAGGGUUCCUGGAAAAGAACAGAGAUGCCUUCAGUUUUGACAUAAUCAAGACAAUUGAUAAGACCACCAAUGCGCUACUUCGCCAGAUAUUUGAGACUGAUCUUUCGACCAAUGGGGUCAAGAUUACGAACAACAGAAGGGUCAUCAUGACACCCAAGAGCUCCAUACGGGCCCAGACUGACAAACGUAAACCAGUGCCAACGCUGAGCGGUCAGUUCCGUCAGUCUCUGGACUCCCUCAUGAAGGCUCUGUCGACCUGCCAGCCUUUCUUCGUCCGCUGCUUUAAGCCCAACAGUGACAAGCAGUCUGAGGUGUUCGACAGAGGGCUUUGCAUGCGUCAGCUGAGAUACUCCGGCAUGGUGGACACCAUCCGCAUCCGGAAUCUGGGAUACCCCAUCCGCUUCCCCUUUGAGGAGUUUGUGCAGCGCUACAGGGUGUUCCUGAAGACGACCAUCUGUGAUCCCAGAACUGAGAAAGCUGCUGCCUGUUGUGCAGCCAUCUGCCAGGCGGCGCUUAAAGAGGAGGAGUGGAAAAUAGGCAAGACCAAGGUUUUCCUGAAGGAUGCCCACGACGCCAUACUGGAACGAAUGAGGGAACAAGAACUCAGCAGGAUAGUUGGGGUGAUCCAGAGGGCCUUGGUCACCCACAGGGACAGAAAGACAUUUCUGAAGAAGCGAAGGUCAGCUGUGCUGUUGCAGAGGAACUGGAGAGCCUACAGGGAAAAUAAAGUGCAAAGAAAGCUCAAGCACGGCUACGAACGGCUGGGGUCAAAGAUCCGUGGUCGGAAACUCCAGUUACUGUACCAAAGACAGUGUGCAGCAGCACUCACCAUACAGACACAGGUGCGAGGCUACCAGAUGAGGAAGGGCUGGAAACAAAAAAGAGAGGCGGUCAUUCUGCUGCAGGCUCACUCCAGAGGACUCCUGGCCAGAAGGGCAGCUCAGAAGAUGAGGGAUGACGCCUCUGCCGGACCCCCGGAGAAAGAGAACAUGGGCCAAAUAAUUUUGGUGCUUCAACAGGGACUGGAAAAGCUUGACAAUGCGUCACAGCCAGAUGACGAGGAGGCAGAGUCCAAGUUGGAGUCGGACCCGGAGCAGGAGUCAGAGUCAGAGCCGGAGCCACGGUCAGAGCCACGGUCGGAGGUGGAGUCAGGGCCGGAACCAGAGUCGGAGUUGGAGUCGGAGCCGGAGCCACGGUCAGACCCACGGUCGGAGGUGGAGUCAGGGCCGGAACCAGAGUCGGAGUUGGAGUCGGAGCCGGAGCCACGGUCAGACCCACGGUCGGAGGUGGAGUCAGGGCCGGAACCAGAGUCGGAGUUGGAGUCUGAGUCCGGGCUGGAGCCACGGUCAGAGCCACAGUCAGAGUUGGAGUCGGGGCCAGAGCCACGGUCGGAGUUGGAGCCAGAGCCGCUAGCUGAACAGGAUUCCGAGGACAAUUCAGAUCUUUUCCAGCCUGCACCUGCUGUAGAAGUGGUCCAACAAAAAGCAACAGAAUCAGACACGUUUGAGAAGAAGCAGAACUUUCAAGAGCCAACAGAGGAAACCACCGUCGGGCCAGACUCGGAAAUCGUCGCCCGAGCAUCGGCCCCACCUUCUCCAUUCAAGGAAGAAGAUGAAGAUGACUUUGAUGAAGACAGCGACGAGUUGUCAUUCUACAGAUUCAGCAUCCUUCACUUCCAGAGCAACCUUUCUCACACGCACAUCACCCAGAGACUCCGGCUUCCCCUUCUGCCCCACGACGACGAGGGUGAUGCGCUGGCAUGUCUGACUGUGUGGUGGAUUAUUCUGCGCUUCAUGGGGGACAUACCAGAACCAAAAUCUGCGGAUGCACUAUCUCAAGUGUCCAGCACCAUCUUGCAGCGUAACUUGCCUCUCAGACAGGGCAGGAGGCUGAGCAGCCUGGUGGGACUUGACCAGAAAAUCCUGAGGAAGAACAAGAAAAAGUAUGGAAGCGAAAACAGAAGAGCCUCUGCUAUUCCUGAGGAGCCGGAGAACAUGACGGAGGAUGAGGACAUUUUGAUCGGAGAGGGUCCGACACUGGAUCGGCCCCUUUCAUCCCUGGAAAAACUGCACGUUAUCGUCGGUUACGCUCUGUCGAGACGAGACAUACGGGACGAGAUUUACUGCCAGAUCUGUAAGCAGCUGGUGAACAACAAGAACCGUAAGAGCCGUGUGCAAGGCUGGACCCUCCUUUCCAUCUGUCUCGGGAUCUUCCCUCCGACCGACCUGCUCAUGGAGUGUUUGGAGAGUUUUGUCCGCAGAGGCCCAAGUGGUUAUGGAGCAUAUUGCACUGAGCGCCUGCGUCGUAUAAGAGCCAAUGGAGAAAGGAAAGAGUUGCCCUGUUGGAUAGAGCUACAGGCUGCCAAGUCCAAGCAGCCCAUAGAUGUCUCUGUGACCCUAAUGGACGGCCGCACUGUCGGUCUACAUCUGGAAUCGGCCUCCACCUCUGCUGAAAUCUGUCAAGCCAUGGCUGAAAGCACUGGUCUCAAAGACACCUAUGGAUUCUCCCUGUACAUCAGCCUCUAUGAAAAGAUGUGGUCGUUGGGCAGCUGUGGGAAGCAUGUGCUGGACGCAGUGUCUCAGUGUGAGCAAGAGAUGAAGAGGCAGGGCAAAGAGGAGAAGGACGCCCCCUGGAGUCUUUCCAUCCGCAAGGAACUGUUCACACCGUGGCACGACUGCUCAUCAGACCCGAUCAGCACAGACCUGAUUUACAGACAGGUCAUCAUGGGAAUCAAGUCGGGAGAGUAUGUCAGUGAGAAGGAGGACGAUUAUGUCCAGCUGGCAGUGAAGCACUAUUACACCCAGUUUGGCUCCGCGUGCAGCAAAGAGAACGUGCGGCGGGUGGUUGAGCAGUGCAUUGCCACCACGCUCAUUGAGAACAAAUCAAUGGCGAGAUGGAUCCAGCUCAUCAGCUCAGCACAUUCCCAGGGUCCUUAUGUCAUCGGGAUGCAGAGCAGAGAAAGCGUGAAAGGGGAAUUGGUCGACAGUGCCCGGGAAAAAUGGCCGCUCCACUUCUCCAAGUUUUAUGAAGUUACAAUGAUGUCAGGGCCUCCUUUGCCAAAAAGCAGGUUUGUGGUGGCAGUAAACUGGAAAGGCAUCUUCUUCAUGGACGGAAGAGAAAAGAAACUCUUGGAGCUUCCUUACCUGGAAGUGAACGAAGUCCAAGCAAAUAGUGACAGUGCCCAGUCAGUGAAUUUGUCCACAAUCCGAGGAGACUUUGUCCUGAGGAGUGGGGAGGCUGUGGACAUGGCUGCAAUUAUAGACAGUAACCUGGAAGGGCUGAGACAGCACUCGGUGUAUGCACUGGCUCAGCAGGAUACCAGCAGACCAGAUGACCCCACGUUCCUCGUCUGCAAACGAGGCGACCUCCUGCUGGUAGAGAAAGACGAGGACGAUCCUCCCGAGGGGAACUGGUUCAGAGCGACCAACCAGCGAACCGACAGCAGCGGAGCCGUCGAUAAGGACACCGUGCAGUUCCUGCCAACUCUCACCAGGCCGACUGAAGAAAUGCUGGAGCUGCUCAGUCCAGGCCAGAGGAAGCGUUCAGCUGCAAAAAGCGCCCCACAGAGAGACGAAGCCGUGGCUCCUGUCACUUUAAAAGAGUUUGCGCUUGAGAACUUUAGGGCUGCAGGUAAAGAUGUGGGUCGACAGGGGUCAUCCAGAGGGUUUGCUCGAGAGAAGCUGUGGGCUUGUUCCAGAGAACCGCUCAAGCAGCCACUGAUGAAGAGCCUGGUCCGCAACUCUGACCUCAGCUACCUUGCCUGCAACGCCUUCAUUGCUAUCCUGAAGUAUAUGGGCGACUACCCCGUCAAACACGUCCGCAGCUCUGUCGAGCUGACCGACCAGAUCUUUGGUCCGGCAACGCAACACGAAGCCCUGAAGGAUGAGAUCUACUGCCAGAUUAUGAGACAGAUGACCAGCAACAACAACAGGUUGAGUAUUGACCGUGGGUGGCAGCUGAUGUGGCUGUGCUCAGGCUUGUUCCCGCCAAGUCACAAUUUGUUGAGACACACUCAGUGUUUCCUGGAGUCGCGGCCCAGAGACCCACUUGCUGCCGUCUGCCUGCAGAGGCUGCAGGGCAUGUUCAGUAAGGAGCCCAGGAUGCUUCCUCCCCAUCUGGUCGAAGUGGACGCCAUCCAGCAGAACAGCAGCCUGAUCUUCCAUAAAGUCCAUUUCCCAAACGACACAAGCGACAUAUACGAGGUAACGUCAACAACCUCGAUCCAAGACCUGUGCUGCCGCAUUGCCUCUCAGCUCAGCCUGAACUCGCCGGACGGAUUCGGCCUCUACCUGAAAACGCAGAGCAAGGUCAUAAGUUUGGAGGAGCAGAAAUAUUUCUUUGACAGUUUGAGGCAGACGUCAGACUUCCCUAAGAAGUUAAAAAAGGGGAAAGAAGGCAACCAGGCCAACAAUCCCUACCUGGUGAUAUUUAAGAGGAAGCUGUGGUUCAAUGUGAGCCCGGGGAAAGACCUGGUCGCAGACCUCACCUUCCAUUUCCCACAGGAGAUGCCCAAGUACCUGCGGGGAUACCACAGUUGCACCAGAGAGGACAUGAUCAGCCUGGGAGGGCUCCUGUUCAGAUCCAAAGUAGAUUCAGACCGGUCACAGUUUGUCAUGAUCCCCAAAAUGCUGAAGGAUCUGGUUCCUGCCGACCAGAUCAAAAUCAUGUCUCCUGAAGACUGGAAGAAGCACAUCAUCUCCUCCUACAACAGGCAGAGCGGCAUCACGGUGCAGGAGGCCAGAAUCGCCUUCCUGACUGCCAUUUCAAGCUGGCCAACCUUCGGCUGCUCCUUCUUCGACGUGAAACAAACAUGUGAAUCCAGCUACCCAAAUUCAGUUUGGAUUGCCAUCAGCAAGCAAGGCGUCAGCAUAAUAGACCCACAGCACAAGGAGCUGCUGGUCAUGCACCCUUUCAGCCGCAUCACCGAGUACAACUGCAAAAGCAACGUCUUCCAGAUGACUAUCGGCACCCUGGUGAGGGCCAACAACUUUGUCUGUGAAACCUCACAGGCUCACACCAUGAAGGACCUACUCGCAUCGUACGUCAGCAUGUACGAGAGGCAGAGGCAGGCCUUUCGACCGAGGAACCACAUGUUUACCUGAGGCCUCACGGCAGCAGAAGUAUAGACUGGUUAGCUGUGAUCUAUAUGACCUAUACAGUAUGCACUCUUGAUUGAUCUCUUUAAGUUCAUGUAUUUUGAUGCUUUAAAUGGCCAAAUUACAAUACAGUUAACCCCUGCUAAAAAAAAUUGUAUUUUUUUCUAUUGUCCUGAUGACAAUUCUUAACCUGUGUCACUGUGAGAACUGUAGGAUUAAUUGAGCAUAUAAAAAAAGAUUUGUGUAAAUUAUUAAACUUUAACAUGUCCAA